AUGGUCUCCGACCACGUCCUCCGCCUCUGCCACUCGCCCAACACAGUCAGCUCCCUGCUCGCCAAGAACCCGUCCCAGAGCCCCGGCCAGAUUGCAAAGGAUCUCUACGGCAUCUACGAAAAGGACCUCCGCCGCACUCCUCCUCCUCCCUCCUCCUCCGCCUCCGCCUCCGCCUCUACGUCUUCCUCUUCCUCCCCUUCUUCCCGCUGCUCCUCCUCCUCCUCCGGCAACAGCAACAGCAACAACACCAACAACAACACCAACAUAAACACCAACAACAACACCAACAACAACAACAACACCAACAACAACACCAACACGCUGGACCUCGCCCUCCAGUGCGGCCGCUGGGGUCCCACGACGCCGAGCCCGCUCUUCCUCAAGGCCUUUGCCGACGCCCUGCGGUGCCUCGACGCGGAUCCCCUGGCCGGCGUCGUUUCGCCGCCGCUCAUGGGCUCCCACGGGACGGUCCCCCUGACCGUGAUUGCGCCGCUGGCGGACGUCAUCCGGCACGUCUCGAACGUCAUUGCCCGGGCCGAGCGGGAAGUCUUCUUCAUCACCUGCAACUGGUCGCCUUCCGUCGCGCAGCGGCUGGUGCGCAACGCCCUGGUCGAGCUGUCGCGGCGCGCGGGCGAGAGGCGGCAGAGGGUCGUCGUCAAGAUCAUGUACGACAAGGCGACGGCCGCGAGCGCCAUCGACCCCCAUCAGCGCGUCAGCCCGGCCGCGUACUCGGGCAAGGCGAUCCAGCUGCCCGCGCCCGACGAGGUGCCGCAUCUCGACAUGGAGGUCGUCAGCCUGCACAAGCUGGUCCUCGGGACGCUGCACGCCAAGUUCUGCGUCGUGGACCGCAAGAUUGCGCUCGUCAUGAGCAACAACAUGGAGGACAACUGCAACAUGGAGAUGCUGACGCACCUCGAGGGCCCCAUUGUCGACAGCAUCUACGACACGGCGCUCAUCACCUGGAAGCGGCCCCUUGACCCUCCUCUGCCGUCGGGCGGCGCGGGCGCAGACCAGCAGCGCAUCGCGGCAAGCGGCGAGCAGCAGUCGCACGGGACGGCGGAGGAGCUCAAGGAGCACACGCCCGAGGAUCCGCACUACGACGCCGACCUCGCGGGGGAGAUUGUGCGGAUGCAGGCGUGCUACUCGACCAAGCCCGACGAGACGCGGCUGCAGGCUGCGAACCGCCUGCUCAACUACGCCGUCAAGAACCCGGUCGCGCCGACGGGGCCCGAGAUCCCAGACGGCCACGAGAUGACGCCGUACAUUGACACGUCGACGCCGUACCCGGUGCCGAUGGCGCUCGUCUCGCGGCCGCCGUACGGCAGCGUCGACUCCAAGAACGCCUUUGUGCCGCAGAACGAGGCCUGGCUGUCCCUCAUCCGCAACGCGACGCGCGACAUCUUCAUCCAGACGCCCGACCUCAACGCCGCGCCGCUGAUGCCCGCGCUGGCGGAGGCGUUGAAGCGCGGCGUCGAGGUCACCUACUACGUGUGCUUCGGCUACAACGACGCCGGCGAGGUGAUCCCCGGCCAGGGCGGCACCAACGAGCAGGCCGCGCGCAGCCUGCUGUCCCUGCUGCCCGAGGACGGGCCGGAGCGGAAGCUGCUGCGCAUAUACGACUACGUGGGCAAGGAUCAGGACAGGCCGAUUCACCAGUGCUUCCGGGCGCGGUGCUGCCACGUCAAGCUGCUGAUUGUCGACGGCUGCGUGGGCGUCCAGGGGAGCGGCAACCAGGACACGCAGAGCUGGUUCCACAGCCAGGAGAUGAACAUCAUGGUGGACAGCGCCGAGAUUUGCGCAAAGUGGAGGGAGGGCAUUGAGAGGAAUCAGAAUACCAGGCUCUAUGGGCGGGUUGCGGCCGAUGGCGUCUGGAGGGAUGAAAAGGGGCAGCCGGGCGAGGGGUAUAUGGGGGAUCCGGGGUCGGUGGAGGGCUUGAUUAAGGGCGUUUGGGGCAUGUACAAGAAGAUGGAGAGGGCGUAG